GUGGCGCAAAUUCGUGGAUCUUUCCGCUGAGUCUGCCCGCGCGUCGCCUCCUCCGCCGCCGCCUUAGCCGCCGCCGCCCCCUAUCCCAGCCCCCCUCCCCCGGUUCCCUCUGCGCAUCUCGGUCCAGCCCGGUUCCCGGGAGGAUGAAGUUCGUGUACAAAGAAGAGCAUCCGUUCGAGAAGCGCCGCUCUGAGGGCGAGAAGAUCAGGAAGAAAUACCCGGACCGGGUCCCGGUGAUAGUAGAAAAGGCUCCUAAAGCUCGGAUAGGAGAUCUGGACAAAAAGAAAUACCUGGUGCCUUCUGAUCUCACAGUUGGUCAAUUCUAUUUCUUGAUCAGGAAGCGAAUUCAUCUCCGAGCUGAGGAUGCCUUGUUUUUCUUUGUCAACAAUGUCAUUCCACCCACUAGUGCCACGAUGGGUCAGCUCUACCAGGAACACCAUGAAGAAGACUUCUUUCUAUACAUUGCCUACAGUGAUGAAAGUGUCUACGGUCUGUGAAGCUACUGCCCCAAAAGUGGGGGAUCCCAUUCUACAAAGACAGAGGUGGUGUCCCUUCCUUGACUCAACCAUCUCCUUCAGGCUCAAACACCAUCUCCCUUCUUCAGGACCUACACUUUUUAAUGUUCAAGGCUUUCUCUCCAUCCCCUCUCAGCAGGAGGGGUAAUGGUGGACGUGGCCUCUUGUACCUCUCCUUUCUCUUUCUUCCACUUCCUUUUACCCUCUGACCUAUUCUUCUUUAGACUUCUUGAUUGUCAAUCUCUGUCACAUCCAGCGAUUGUUUGGUUUCUAUUUCCUUUCUAACUGCCCAAGGGGCUCAAAACCCCAACAACCCAUCCUUUCACUACCUUGUUUUUUUGGGGUAGAUGGAAUGGACUGAAAUUGGAAGGGUAGGAGGCACGUCAAUAAAGAGGAAACCACCAAGCUGAACUGAA